AUUUGCCUCUGGCUCUCAGAAGUGUGGACUCCAGCACGCAUCCAUCCCUCCUUCGGGACAGGCCCACCCCCUCCUCCUCUAAGGAAAGGAUGCCCCGCUCUGCGCCCUUGUGCUGAGGAGGCGUCUGCGGGCAACAGUAUGGGCUCUGUGCUGGCCGGCAUCCCCACCACCCCCUCCACCACCGAUCUGCCACCGUCACGCUGCCCCACCGAGUCGGGCGCUUCCCCCAGCCCCGCUGAUGGGCGAAGACACUGACGCCCCCCCGACGCUCAACCACCGCGGCUUCCUCCCCGACCACAACUAUGUGACUGAAGCUGAUAUCAUCUCCACUGUUGAGUUCAACCACACUGGAGAGCUCCUGGCCACAGGGGACAAAGGAGGCCGAGUGGUCAUCUUUCAGAGGGAACCUGAGAGCAAGUGUGAGCCAUUCUCCCAGGGAGAGUACAAUGUCUACAGCACCUUCCAGAGCCAUGAGCCCGAGUUUGACUACCUUAAGAGUCUGGAGAUCGAGGAGAAGAUCAAUAAGAUCCGAUGGCUGCCUCAGCAGAACGCCGCACACUUCCUCCUCUCCACCAACGAUAAGACCAUUAAGUUGUGGAAGGUGAGUGAAAGAGAUAAAAGGCCAGAGGGAUACAACCUGAAGGAUGAGGAGGGUCGCAUCAAGGACCUCUCUACCGUCACCUCCCUACAGGUGCCGGUGUUGAUGCCGAUGGACCUGAUGGUGGAGGUGAGUCCGCGGCGAGUGUUUGCCAACGCCCACACCUACCACGUCAACUCCAUCUCCGUCAACUCCGACUAUCAGACCUACAUGUCAGCUGACGACCUGAGGAUCAACCUCUGGCAUCUGGACAUCACCGACCGCAGCUUCAACAUUGUGGACAUCAAGCCAGCCAACAUGGAGGACCUGACGGAGGUGAUCACAGCGGCUGAGUUUCACCCCCACCACUGUAACCUGUUUGUCUACAGCAGCAGCAAAGGCACCCUGCGCCUCUGUGACAUGAGAGAGGCAGCGCUGUGCGACAAACACUCCAAAUUGUUCGAGGAGCCCGAGGACCCCAGCGCCCGCUCCUUCUUCUCCGAGAUCAUCUCCUCCGUGUCGGACGUGAAGUUCAGCCACAGCGGUCGCUACCUGCUCACCAGAGACUACCUGACUGCCAAAGUCUGGGACCUCAACAUGGAGAGCAAGCCCUUGGAGACAUACCAGGUUCACGAUUACCUCCGCAGCAAGUUGUGUUCUCUGUACGAAAACGACUGCAUCUUUGACAAGUUCGAGUGUGCCUGGAACGGCUCGGACAGUGUGAUCAUGACCGGAGCCUACAACAACUUCUUCCGCAUGUUCGACCGCAACACCAAACGGGACGUAACCCUGGAGGCGUCGAGGGAGAGCAGCAAACCCCGAGCUGUCCUGAAGCCACGGAGGGUCUGCGCGGCGGGGGGGAAGCGGCGGAAGGACGACAUCAGCGUGGACAGCCUGGACUUCACCAAGAAGAUCCUUCACACGGCCUGGCACCCGACUGAGAACAUCAUCGCCAUCGCUGCCACCAACAACCUGUAUAUCUUCCAGGACAAACUCAACUCUGAGUUACAUUAA